AUGUUACCACUACAACAACAACAUAGACAUCAUAGCAAUCACGUUACACACACACAAACAUCGCAGGAUGUGCGCAACACAAUUGGAGAUGUGCCAAUAGAGUGGUACAACGAGUACGACCAUUGCGGCUACGACCUCGACGGGAAGAAGAUCACAAAAGAUGUCGACGCUGCUGGCGAUGAGCUGGAUGAUUUUAUACAAAAGAUGGAUAAUGUCGAUUAUUGGAGAACAGUUCGAGACAAGAGCACUGGUAAGAAGGUGGUCCUGAGUGAUGAUGAUGUCCGACUUAUCCGGAAGUUUCUUCGAGGAAAGUAUGCUUCCAAAGAAACUGACCCCUAUCCUGCCUUUGACGAGCCAUUCGUCCGAGAAACCAUGAUACAUCCAGUGACCAAUCACAUUGACGAGAAGAGGUCAUUUGAGCCUUCCAGAUGGGAAAGGUUAAAGGUUGGACAGUUGGUUCAUUCAAUCAAAAUGGGAUGGUUAAAGAUAUCAGAGGAGAAAGAGAAAGAGCCUAAAUUUUAUGAAUUGUGGACUCCAAAUCCUGAGUCUGAGAAGAAGAACAAAAUUCGCCAGUAUGUCCCAGCCCCAAAGAUGCCACUUCCGGGUCAUGCAGAGUCUUACAACCCCCCACCUGAAUAUUUGUUCACCCCUGAGGAAGAGAAAAAGUGGAGAGAGAGUGAAGAGAGUGAGAGGAGAAUCAACUUCAUUCCUAGAAAGUUCAGAAGCCUACGUGAAGUUACUGGUUAUGCCAGAUUUGUUAAUGAGAGGUUUGAGAGGUGCCUGGAUCUCUAUCUGUGCCCCAGGCAGAUUAAGAUGAAGGCCAAGGUAAAAGCAGAAGACCUCCUACCGAAACUGCCCAGUCCACGCGAUCUUCAACCUUUCCCGACCAUCCAAUCAUUGAUAUAUAAAGGGCACACAGAUGCAGUCAGAAGUAUUAGUACAGAUCCAACUGGCCUAUGGCUGGCGUCUGGUUCUGAAGACUGCACACUCAAAAUCUGGGAGAUCUCGACGGGUCGUUGUGUUAAAGAGGUCAGGUUCGAAAGCAAGGUUGGCCACGUUGCUUGGAAUCCUAGGAGCAGUCUGUCUAUUGUUGCCGUUUCUGUAAAUACCAAGGUGUACAUUAUAAAUACCAUGCUCGGUUCACAAGUACAAAGUACAGAUUCUUAUUUGAGAUCGUACCAGGCAGAGAAAACUGUUGACCCUGGCAGCAGUGUCACUGAAGAUUCAGGUAGUGAUAAUGAUGAUGUUGAACUACUCUGCAUCAACCAUCCUAAUACUGUCAAUCAAAUAAGCUGGCAAUCAAAGGGUGAUUAUUUUGCCGUUGUCCUCAAGGAAGGACAGUCAAUGUCCGUACUGUUACACAGGCUCUCAACUAAAGUUACUAUGAAUCCAUUCAGUAAGCCUAAGGGUUUAGUUCAGUGCGUUUCAUUCCACCCUACCAAGCCUAUGCUCUUUGUGGCCACCCAGCAGUUCAUAAGAGUUUAUGAUCUAGUUAAGCAAAUGCUUACCAAGAAACUCAUGUCCAAUUGUAAGUGGAUAUCCAGUAUGGCUAUUCACCCUUGGGGUGAUAACAUGAUUGUUGGUAGCUAUGAUUCAAGGUUGGCCUGGUUUGAUAUGGAGCUCUCCGAGAAACCGUACCAAACGCUUAAACAUCACAAGAGUGCCAUUAGGCAAGUUACUUACCAUAAAUCUCUGCCACUAUUUGCGUCUUGCUCCGAUGAUGGCUCAACUAUCGUUUGUCAUGGCAGGGUUUUUAACGACUUCACAAUCAAUCCUUUGAUCGUUCCCGUCAAAAUCCUGAGAGGUCACGUGAUGACAAGGAACUUGGGGGUCCUGGAUUGCACCUUUCACCCCACGGAACCCUGGCUGUUUUCGGCUGGGGCCGACCACACUAUCAGAUUAUAUAGCUAA